UUUGCCUAAUCUUUGAUUGCCUACCUUGUUUCCUGACUCCCGCCUGUUUUGUGACAUCAAGUGACAACAAACUUUAUAUUAUUAAUCUGCUUGGUCUCUGGGCUUUGGAUUUGGGUCCAAACCUCCAUUUUCUGAGUCAUUACAGAAUAUAUAUAAUAUUUUAUCUCAAAUUUUUUAACCUUCAUACUUCUUCAAAUUAUUCUUUCACCUCUUAUGCUUCUGUAUUUGCUGCUUUCCUUCUCUUCUUUGCUGUUUGUUCCACUCCACUCCAUCCUACUGUCAGUGCUGUUUAGUGUGCACAGCACUCUUCUGCAAUGUGGUGGCUGCUAGGUGUAUUGAUCUGCGUGCUGCUGGUGGUCGUCAUCUUCUUCAUGACCACUGGGCAACGCUACAAGGUGUUCAGUGAGAGGUGCCUGAGGCCACCAGGACCCUUGGUGACUGACACCAGACAGAGGGACGGCAGGCUGAAGAGAGGGUUUCGUGUGGAACGUGUUCCCCCUGCUCUGGAUGCGGUGGUGAUCGGCAGUGGUGUGGGAGGCUUGACAGCAGCGGCGCUUUUGUCCAAAGCAGGAAAGAGGGUUGUGGUUCUGGAGCAACAUGAUCAGGCUGGAGGCUGCACACACACCUUUCAGAAUAAGGGAUUUGAGUUUGACGUGGGUAUACAUUACCUGGGCCAGCUGCACGAGAACAGUCUGCUGAGGGUUGCUCUGGAUCAGAUCACAGAGGGACAGCUGCAGUUCACAAGGCUGGAGCAGCACUUUGACACACUGGUCCUGGGUCAGCUUGACCAGCGCAGGGAGUACCAUAUCCAUGCAGGGAAGACUGAGAUGGCAGCUAGCCUGAAGAAGCAGUUCCCAGGAGAAGAGCAGGCGAUUGAUGAGUUCAUGAGAUUGAUGAAGUUAGCCUCACGGCGAACACCACUUAUUGCCGCAUUGAAGAUGAUACCAUAUUGGCUUGUUACCUUCCUGGUUCGGACUGGCCUGUUGAAUCGCAUAUCUUCAGUAUUUCGCCUAGCAGUAACCAACCACUCAGAAAUGAUGUCCAGCCUCACACAAAACAAGGACCUGCAGGCAUUGUCUUCCUACCUGUUCUACGGUGUGCCGCCUAAAGAUUCCAGCUUUCUCAUCAAUGCCCUCCUUCUUCAUCACUACAAGCGUGGUGCAUACUACCCACGGGGAGGCUCCAGUGAGUUUGCCUUCCACAUCAUCCCUGUCAUUCAGCAGGCAGGCGGUGCCGUGCUGGUCAGGGCUCCUGUACAACGCAUCCUGCUCAGCCAGCAAGGGAAGGCCUGCGGUGUGACAGUGCUCAAAGGGCAAGAAGAGAUUGAAGUCCAUGCCCCUGUUGUCAUUUCCAACGCUGGAAUCUUCAACACCUUCCAGAAGUUUCUGCCUCAGCACAUACAGGACAAACCAGAGAUCCAGUCACUGUUGCGUAUGGUACGUCAUGGUAUGGGAUCCUUCUUGGUUUUUGUUGGUCUGGAUGGAACCAAAGAGGAGCUGGGCAUUGUUUCCACCAACUUCUGGAUGUAUAAAGACAAUGACUUGGACUCACUUAUGGAGCGAUACUCUUCGCUGAGCAGAGAGGAGGUAUUGGGGAACAUCCCCAUGAUGUUCAUCACCUUCCCAUCCGCUAAAGAUCCUACAUCCACCAUCAGACACCCAGGGAAAUCCUGCAUGACGUUGCUAACCAUGGCUCGCUAUGAGUGGUUCGAGGAAUGGGAGGGGACAAAGCUUGGCAAGAGGGGACAGGACUACGUGGAUCUGAAAAACAGCAUGGCCCAAGAGCUGCUAGACUGGGCUCUAACAAUCUUCCCUCAGUUGCAAGACAAGGUGGUGAUGGUGGAUGCUGCCACUCCACUAACUAAUGUCCACUAUUUGGGCGCUCCAAGAGGCGCGAUGUACAGCGCUGAACACAACUUGGAGCGCUUCACCCCAGAAACGGUGGCUAGGACACGGCCACAGACACCGAUCGGUGGUCUCUACCUAACAGGUCAGGACGUAUUCUGUAACGGCAUGGCUGGGGCGCUGCACGGUGGACUGCUCUGCUCUUCUGCCGUCCUCAAUCAGAUCCUCUACAUUGACCUUCUUGCCCUGAAGACCCGCCUCAAAAACAAACAGACCAGUCAUAACUGACCUGGUGGUGAAGGGGCCGUAGUGGAAUGUAAAUGCAAAUUGUAGCAUUUACACAGCCCACCGUGAGCACAGUAAAAAUUCUUAGAUGAUGUGUUUUGUUCUCUGCUGGAACUAUUUUCAUGUCACACAGUGCAACCAGAAACCCACCACCCAUACAUACUAGACUGGAUUUAAAGAGUUGAGGUGAGAGGAAACGAUGGAGAAAGAAAAGAAAGCAACUGAUCCUACAUUUAAAAGAAAAAAAUGGAGGAAAAGACGGAGAAACUGAUUUGGCCCAGUCAGGUGAGAAACAUGAACAAAUUCUAAGAAAGCUGAUAUGGUCUGUUUUAUAGUUUAAAAUGCAUUAUUACACUAUAAACUAAAUUCAAAACAAAAGAUUGGAACCUGUUGUGAAAUGAUUGAGAGAUAUAUUAAUACAGCACCUAACACUGCACACACCCGUAUUUAAAUCACAAAAGAUCCGUGACAUGCAUGCUGUUGCAGAUUGUAAGACAAGGCUGCAUGCUCUUUUAUAAACUUAUAUCAACAAGUGAUCCUUUUACUAUCAACUUCAAUCUAGUUAACUCUUUUACAUGUAAGAACGGGUCACUUUUUUUUUUGCUUCUGUGUUUCCACUGCAUCUGAAAUUUUUAACUAGACCCAUGAAAAGCAUAGUGUGGCUGCGAAUCAAAAACAAGACCGAUGGUACAAGUUAAGUGUGAAUAGAAAUAAAGGUAAUGAGAUAAAUAGAAUGACGAUGUCAGUCUUCAUUUCUUAACUAAUAGUGUACUACCAUAAGGGUUGGUCAGGGGUGACUGUUGUACUUUUUGUAAUUUUGAAUUGAUUCCCAUUAACAGCUAGCAAAACAUUGCAACUCAAGGUCAACUUACUUUUCCAGCGCUUUCAAUGGCAUCUCAUGGUCGUCAUCAGCAAAAUGAGUUGUUGGCUCAGCUGUUUGAAAGCACCAAAAAAACCUAGUAGUUAGCUAAUAAACAUUUUCCUUUUUCACAAGAAGAACACUACAUUUUCACAUCAAGACCAGACAUGGUAUUAUAUGUUAGAAUGUGCCUGAAGUAUGCAACCAUAUCCCGGACGAAAACUGCGUCAGAUCAUACUUCAUCUGUGUUUAGCGUUCAGCCAUGUGUUCCCAGGUGUUUUUGGAGUAUAUCCAUUGGGAUUAUUGCCUAUGCUGUUCUGGAUAUGUUGGCGUUUUUGUUAUUUAGCUUUGUUUUGGCCUGACCUUAAUUGUAAGUUCACCCUUUUAGUUAAUAAACUUUGAAAACUGCA